AUGUCUGGGUGGAGGUACCUCAUCUGUGUCAGUACUUUGCUGACCAUUCUCCUUGAACUGACAUGCCAGGGACCUCCUGGCCCCCCUUCAUCAAACACAAAGCUGUUGAUGAUGAGCUAUUCCAUGCGCUCCACUGUGGUAUCUCGCUACGCCCACAACUUUGUCACAUCUGUCCUGUUCAAUCCACAUGCUGAAGCCCAUGAAGCCUUCUUUGACCUGGAUCUGCCUCGCCUUGCCUUUAUCUCCAAUUUCACCAUGACCAUCAACAAUAAAGUCUAUGUUGCAGAAGUCAAAGAGAAGGACCAGGCAAAGAAAAUCUACAAGGAAGCCCAUCGGCAGGGAAAGACAGCUGCUCAUGUAGGCAUCAGAGACCGGGAAUCAGAGAAGUUCCGCAUCUCCACCAGCGUGAGAGCAGGCACAGAGGUGACUUUUUCCUUGGCCUACGAAGAACUGCUGCAGCGGCACCAGGGCCAGUACCAGCUGGUGGUCAGCCUAAGGCCAGGACAAUUGGUAACGAGGCUGAGUGUAGAGGUCACAGUGUCAGAAAGGACAGGCAUUGCCUAUGUGCAUGUACCGCCUCUGAGGACCAGCCGCCUGCGUACCAACGCCUACACAAGAAAGGCCAUCCUCUUAAGUCUCAGCCCUCUUAAUGGAAACAAAAGUGUGGUGCUUAGCUCCCUGUCCCAGGAUACUAAAAAGGCCAUGAAUGUGAUUCUCAGUGACCUGCAGGCCAACGACUACUUCAACAUCAUCUCAUUUUCUGACACAGUUAGUGUCUGGAAAGCUGGAGGCUUGAUCCAGGCCACCAACCAGAAUGUCCACAGUGCCAAGGACUACUUGGAUCACAUGGAAGCUGAUGGUUGGACCGACAUCAACGCAGCUCUGCUGGCAGCUGCUUCAGUGCUGAACCAUAGCAACCAGGAACCUGAGAGGGGCCCCAAUGUGGGGAGGAUCCCUCUUAUCAUCUUCCUGACAGAUGGGGAACCCACGGCCGGCGUGACGACCCCCAGUGUGAUCCUCUCCAACAUCCAUCAAGCACUAGGCCACAGGGUAUCCCUUUUCAGUUUGGCCUUUGGCGAUGAUGCUGACUUUCCACUGCUGCGUCGCCUGUCCUUGGAGAACCGGGGCAUAGCCCGGCGCAUAUACGAGGACACUGAUGCAGCUCUACAGCUGGAGGGACUCUACAAGGAGAUCUCCAUGCCUCUGCUGGCAGAUGUGCGUCUGGACUACCUGGGUGGCUUGGUUGGGGCCUCCCCUUGGGCCCUGUUCCCCAACUACUUUGGUGGCUCAGAGCUGGUGGUGGCAGGCCAGGUGCAGCCAGGUGAGCAAGAGCUAGGCAUCCACCUGGCAGCCCGUGGCCCCAAGGGUCAGCUUCUUGUGGCCCGCCACAGCGAAGGAGCCACGAACAGCAGCCACAAGGCCUUUGGUUGCCCAGGGGAGCCAGCUCCCAAUGUGGCCCAUUUUAUCCGCCGCCUCUGGGCCUAUGUCACCAUUGGAGAGCUUCUGGAGGCACACUUCCAAUCCCGUGACACCACCACUCGCUGCCUGCUGGCUGCCAAAGUCCUCAACCUGUCCCUUGAAUACAACUUUGUCACACCUCUGACUUCACUGGUCAUGGUGCAGCCCAAGGAGGACAGUGAGGAGGCUAGGAGACAGAUCUUCACCACAGCUGGGCCAAGCACCAUCAUGCCCUCACCCAGCAGUAGGCAUGGCCUAGGGACAAGCACACCUCAGCCAGCCUUAGUGCCCAAGAUCUCCCCAAAAUCAAGGCCUGCAAAACCAAAGUUCUACUUAUCCUCCACUACUACUGCCUCUACCAAGAAGAUGCCCAGUUCCAAGGAAUUGGAGCCAGUAGGCCAGAGCCCUAGUACCCUAACAACCCUAGCACACCCAAAGCCCAAACUGCCAACCCAACAGGAUUCUAGCAUCUUGGCCCAGACAACUCUCAGGACAAAAUCUGCUGUCCUUGUGCCCUCAAAUUCUGGCGUUCUACUCCCUCUGAAGCCCAGCACUCCAUCACACUGGAAUCCUGGUAUCGUAUUACCCAUCAAUUCCAAGAUGCAAGUCCCCCCUCUGAAUCCUGGCACCCUAGCCCAGCCCAAAGCUAGCACUAUGAAACAUGUUACUCCACUGCAUUCCAAACCUGGUGCUCCAUUACCCCCCCAGCCUGGGGUACAUUCAGUACAGUCACCCAAAGGCCUGCCACAGCCCAGACCUGGAGGCUCCACACUUCAGAUCCCCAGACACCCACCACCACACACCAGACCUAGGGUUCCAGCUCCCAAGACUCCAAACAAAUUGCCACACCCCAGACCUGGGAUCCUGUUACCCAAGACCCCUAAAAUCCCAUCACCUCUUGAACCUAGUGCCCCACUGCACCAAACUUCCACAAGCUUAUCACUUUCCAAGCCUGGGACCCUAAUGCCCCAUACACCCCAAAUUCCACCUCCCCCUAGACCUGCCAGACCCAGACCCCCACCUCCUCAGAGCCUAAGCACAUUCCCAAACACAGUCUCAAGUCCCACAGAUCCUAGCAGUACCAUGACCACCUCUGUCCUUGGAGAACCCCUCGCCACACCCUUUACCCCCACCUUGCCCGCUGGAAGGCUUUGGCAUCAGCAUGACCUGCUGCUGGGGCCUCAGAGCACCAGGCAAGUCCUGGGACCACCUGGGCCAGGAAUCUCAACAAUGGGCCUACUCAACAUCUCCAGGCCUACGACAGAAGGCAGCCCUCCAAACCUGCCGAUCUUGCUGCCGCCUUCCAGCACCUUCUCUGAGGCCAUCAGUCUGCUCAUUCUCCCUGAGGAGCUAGAACUGCUGUCUGAGUCAAUGGUGAAGUCCAAGUUUGUGGAGUCCUUGAACCCACCAGCUUUAUAUACCUUCUUCACUCCUGAUGAAGAUGGAAGCCCUCAUUGGGAUGGAGAUUCUGAGGACAUCCUGAGAGGAGCUGGAGGCAGCAUGGAAUCUCAGGGAAGUUCUGUGGAGCUAGCAAAAGGCACGUCUCCAAGCAUCUUCACCUUCUCCUCCUCAGUGGAUGGGGACCCCCACUUUGUGAUCCACAUCCCACGCUCAGAAGAGAGGAUCUGCUUCACACUAGACGGGCGCCCAGGGGACCUGCUACAGCUCAUAGAGGACCCAAAGGCAGGGCUGCAUGUGACUGGGAAGCUGCUUGGGGCACCAUCAAGGCCAGGCCACAAGAACCAGACCCGCACCUACUUCCAGAUCAUCACAGUCACCACAGGCAAACCCCAGGCCUACACUAUUAUCAUCAGCCGCAGUUCCAUAUCUGUGCGAGGUGAGGGUACCUUGCGCCUGUCCUGGGACCAGCCUGCCCUGCUGCGGAGGCCCCAUCUGAAGCUCCAUGUGGCUGCUUCGGGCCGCCUCACCCUCCGCCUUGGGCCCUACCUUGAGUUCCUAGUCCUCAGGCACCGCUACAGACACCCCAGCACCCUGCAACUACCCCACCUGGGGUUCUACGUGGUCAAUGGCUCAGGCCUCAGUCCUUCAGCCCGUGGACUGAUGGGGCAGUUCCAGAACGCGGCUAUCUGGCUGGUGACAGGGCCUAUGGGGCCAUGCCUGCGGAGGCCCCAUGGCCCAGAUGUGCCUGUGCUUCUAGGCAAGAGGCUGCUGAAGGAUUCACCAAGGCUGCUGCCCCGGUGGGCUUCCUGCUGGCUGGUGAAGCGCUCUCAUGUAGAACAGCUACUGGGCCACUCCUAUUUUGCCUAUGUCCUAUAA